UCUUUCUCCCCGCGGGGAAAAGUCCCCCGGAAACCCGCACAAACGUCUCAGUUGCUCCUCGGCCUCUGCCGCUCCUGUCCAACGCUUCGCGCUACAGCUGCCCAACCAACCCGGCCGGAGCAGCAAAGCACCAACACAUCCUGAGCUCCCCACCUCACGCUUCCUCCCGCCUUCUCGCUCCCGCCUCCGCCGCCGCCUCUUCCGCGCCGCGGGCUCCCGGCCGAGCUGCGGUCUUUGAAACGCCCCGCCCUCCACCACGCUAGCGAGUGAGAUCUCAGGGCUCCCCGCCUCUGGCUCUUCUGGAUUACGCGCGGCUCUAACGGACGGCUACCUCGGUGGUGCUGCGGGGCCAGAUCUGCGGAGCGGGGCAUGGGGUGACCGGAUCGGAGCGCGGCUCAGUGUUCUCCGGCUGAAUUCUGCUCGGGGCUUCGUCUCGGAGGCCGCGGAGAUGGCAAACCCCGGCGCCGCGGGUGGUUCAGGGAGUUCUGGUGAUGCGUUGUACAGGGAACUCUGGCAUGCUUGUGCGGGGCCAUUGGUCACGGUGCCACACCAAGACGAGCUGGUUUACUACUUCCCCCAGGGUCAUAUGGAACAGCUUGAAGCAUCUACAGAUCAACAGCUUGAUCAGCACUUACCUUUGUUUAAUCUACCAUCCAAGAUCCUGUGUAAGGUGGUCAAUGUAGAACUAAGGGCUGAAACUGAUUCUGACGAAGUUUAUGCUCAAAUUAUGCUGCAACCAGAAGCAGAUCAAAGUGAACCCACCAGCCAAGAUCCUGAGCCACAGGAGCCUGAAAGAUGCAAUGUUCAUUCCUUCUGCAAGACUUUGACUGCUUCAGAUACGAGCACCCAUGGUGGAUUCUCUGUCCUUAGGAGGCAUGCUGAAGAAUGUUUGCCCCAACUGGAUAUGACUCAGAAUCCACCUUGGCAAGAACUGGUGGCUAAAGAUCUCCAUGGAACUGAAUGGCAUUUCCGUCACAUUUUUCGAGGACAACCAAGGAGACAUCUACUCACAACUGGUUGGAGUGUUUUUGUUAGCUCGAAAAGAUUGGUUGCCGGUGAUGCAUUUAUCUUUUUGAGAGGUGAGAACCGAGAGCUGCGAGUUGGGGUUAGGAGACUCAUGAGGCAACUAAAUAACAUGCCAUCAUCUGUUAUAUCAAGCCACAGCAUGCAUCUUGGAGUCCUGGCAACUGCAUCCCAUGCCAUUUCUACUGGAACUCUCUUUUCUGUUUUCUACAAGCCCAGAACAAGUCGAUCUGAGUUUGUCGUUAGUGUUAACAAGUACCUUCAAGCUAAGAAUCAGAAGAUGACUGUUGGAAUGAGGUUUAAGAUGAGAUUUGAGGGUGAAGAAUCUCCUGAAAGAAGAUUUAGUGGGACAAUUAUUGGUGUGGGAAGCAUGUCAACUAACUCAACAUCUCCAUGGGCAGAUUCUGACUGGAGAUGUUUGAAGGUUCAAUGGGAUGAGUCUUCUGCUGUUCCGUGUCCAGAUAGAGUUUCGCCAUGGGAACUAGAACCGCUUGAUGCAACUAAUCCUCAGCCACCGCAGCCUCCUUUAAGAAAUAAGCGUGCACGACCCCUUGCUUCACCUUCUAUUAAUCCAGAACUCCCUCCAGUUUUUGGUUUAUGGAAAUCCCCAGCUGAGCCUACCCAAGCUUUCUCAUUUUCGGGACUGCAGCGUACUCAGGAACUAUACCAUUCAAACCCCAAUGCAAUCUUCUCAUCACCAAUGAAUGUUGGAUUUAAUCCAAAGAAUGAGUAUUCUACUCCAAUCAACAAUCAUUUUUACUGGCCAAUGCGAGACACAAGAGCUGACUCCUACUCUGCUACCAUUAACAAAGUUCCAUCUGAAAGGAAACAAGAACCUGCUACUGCUGGCUGCAGAUUAUUUGGUAUUGAGAUAAGCUCUGUAUUGUCACCGGUGGUUACUGUUGCUAGUGUUGGUCAAGAUCAACCACCUGCUGCCUCAGUAGAUGCUGAGUCUGACCAGCUCUCACAACCAUCCCAUGCCAACAAAACAGAUGUCCCAGCAGCAAGCAGUGAGCGUUCUCAUCAUGAAACUGAGAGCCGGCAAGUCAGGAGUUGUACCAAGGUAAUUAUGCAAGGAAUGGCGGUUGGAAGGGCAGUGGACUUGACAAGGCUAUAUGGGUAUGAUGAUCUUCACCGCAAGUUGGAAGAGAUGUUCGAUAUCCAGGGAGAGCUCUCUGCCAGUCUCAGGAAAUGGAAGGUUGUUUACACAGAUGAUGAGAAUGAUAUGAUGCUUGUGGGGGACGAUCCUUGGCAUGAAUUUUGCAGCAUGGUGAAAAGGAUGUACAUUUACACUUAUGAGGAGGCCAAGCGGCUGACUCCAAAGGCCAAGCAGCCAGUCAUUGGUGACACCAUCAAGCCAAACCCGAACAAACCGUCUCCUGAAUCUGACAUGCCACAGAGCGACUUGAAUGACACCACCCCAGUUGCCGAUAAGGACUGAUGAAUGCUAACUUGGCUCUAUCUUUUCCUCUUUUGGGUGUUGAUCAUGGGAGGCAAAUGCCCAUGCUCCUUGAGACUGCUAAGAGUUAUCUGUUCGUUGCUUCGCGGUCCCAAAGGACGUCGCCCCACAUCUACCUUGGUUCACACAUUGUGCAUGGCUGCUGUUGGACGGGCGGCGGAGUCGUUUGCCAACAAGGAUGGCUGGGAUGGGAAGGCAAGCAGACUGCAUGCCGUUCCCUGUGGCUUCCUUGUUUUGGUUUGGUAGGAGGCGUGACAUUGUUUCCAGGUACUUGGUUUUGGAGAAGAGGACUGGUAAUCGGUGAGCCUGCAAGACAGAAGGGUUGCCGCCGACUGGUCCUUCCCACCGGCGGGCCAACGUCUCACACCAGUAAAUAGGAAUUAUGUAUAACUAUUUUGGUAGUAGUAAUGUCGUACAUAUAUGUAUCAGCAUAUCAUGUUCCUCGCUACAUGCCUAUAGCAUCUGCAUCUGUUUUCCCUGCAUUGUAUUCGCAGCUUCGUAUUGGAUGCUUUGUGUUA